AUGGGGCCGUAUCCUUGCACAUCCCGUGGCCGGCAUUUUAUCGUGGUGGUCACGGACGUCUUCACCUGCUGGGCGGAGGCGUUCGCUGUGCCAAACGUAAAGGCCGGCACCGUGAUAGCUUUGCUUGAGCACGAGUUCUUUCCGCGAUACUGGUACCCCGCGUUCCUUCUGACGGACAACGGGGUGCAGUUCACGGGGAGACACUGGCGAAUAUACUGUGCGUGGUGGGGGGUGGAGCAUCAAACCACGCCCACCUACAACCCGUGCGCGAAUUGGACCGAGAGCCGGAACCAGGACAUCAAAGCUCAGCUCCAUAUCCGGUUGGACGAGGAUCACACCAAGUGGGACCUGCACCUGUCGACGCUGCUGUACUGCCUGCACCGCCGGAUGAACGUGGUCAUGGGCCACUCUCCCGCCGAACUGGUGCAGGGCCACAAUCUCGCCCUGCCUGGGGAGGCAAAUGCACUCGCUGACACGAACACAACGACAGUGGACGAAAUACGUGACGACGCCCGACGGCGCCAGGAGCUUUUCCUGGAGGUGGUCGCCCGACUGAGUAACGCAACGUACCUCGUCCAUUGCGCUGAUGGGUGCACGACGAAGGUACACAGGGACGACCUGCGACGGACAGACUCGACUGACGACGACGUGCUUCGGAACACCGUGCAUACAGAUGACCCCAAGGAGGAGUCCGAUCUGGCCGGACAGGAACAGACGACCCCGGGGGGUACCAAGUGGUGA